AUGUUCCAAUUGGUGUCGCUCAGCCUGUUGGCGGGCUUGAGCGCUGUCGCGUCGGCUAUUCCUACCAUUGAAGUCAAGGGCUCCAAGUUCUUCACCAGCGAGGGCAACCAGUUCUACGUCAAGGGUAUCGCGUACCAACUCGUUCCCGACGACCCACUGAUCGACGCGACGCAAUGUGGUCUCGACUCUGCGCUCAUGAAGACCAUCGGAGCCAACUCGAUCCGUGUCUACCAUGUCGACCCCGACUCCGACCACACCGAAUGCAUGAAGACAUUCGCGGACGCUGGAAUCUACAUCUGGGUCGAUCUCGAUACCUUCGACACCCAGGUCGAGCAGAACACUCCUCGUUGGGAGACCGACCAGCGUGAUGCUUUUGCCAAGGUCAUGGAUGAAUUCCACCAGUACGACAACACUGCUGGCUUCUUCAUUGGCAACGAGGCCAUCACGACCGCAAACGGCUCCGUUACCUCACCCUACAUCAAGGCCGCCGCCCGUGACAUGAAGGCCUACCGCGACGAGAAGGGCUACCGCAGCAUACCAAUAGGAUACUCUGCUGCCGACAUCGCCAGUCUCCGCCCUAUGCUGCAGAACUACCUCGCUUGCGGCGAUAAUGCGUCUGAGCGUCUCGACUUCUUCAGUCUCAACGCCUAUUCUUGGUGCGGACAGAGCUCCUACCAACAGUCUGGCUAUGAUCAGCUUGAGAAGAACUCUGAGGAUCUGCACAUCCCCAUCUUCAUGUCGGAAACUGGUUGCAACACAGCAAGGCCACGCGAUUUCAAGGACCAAGAGGCGCUUUUCGGAGAGAUGGCCGACGUCUGGUCUGGCAGUAUCAUCUACGAAUGGAUCGAGGAGAUGAAUGACUACGGUCUCAUCAGCUACGGUCCCAAGGUUGACCCUGCUCAGGCACCGGAUGGUUUCCCUCGCUCAGGAAAACCUACCCCAGUAGAGCCUGACUUCCCCAACCUCUCCGCUGUCUGGGCUACAUUGAACCCCACCGGUGUGAAGGCGGCGGACUACAACCCCACCAACUCGCCUGUCGUCUGCCCCGACUUCACCACCUCAGUCUGGGAAGUCAACCCCACCUCUCCCCUGCCCACACUGGGCCAGAAGCACGACUUCAACGGUACGCCCACGUCUGGCAGCUUCAGCGCAACGGCGACUGGAGGCUCUGGCGCAGAGGAGUCCGGCUCUUCAGGAACUGGCUCCGACAGUGCGGAGACAUCCGCGCCCCCUUCCACCGGUGCUGCGGCGGAUGCCCUGGGCAAGGAGCUCAAGGGAAUGGGUGCGCUACUCGCGGGUGUCAUGGCCGUUUUCGCCUGGCUAUGA